CGAACGUGACAUCUCUCUCAACAUCUCUUUCCCAUCGGUGUUCGGACCUCGCGAACAAAAAUUCACUGUCAGCCACCCCCACUCGUCCGCGUCGCGUAUUAUGCGUCACCCUGUAUUACGCGUCUAGUUUUAUGCCAAACUAGAGCGCGCGGUGCUAAAGAUAGGUCGUUGCAGGCAGGAAUCGCGGUGUGCAUCCAUUACCGGCGCAGGGAACAAGGGCGACCUUGGCCUUACGAGCUUAUAUAAUGAGGAAGCGGCCGAUUCGCGAGCUCAGUCGUUUUGACGCGAUAUGCGAGCCGAUCGCGAUCUGCCGGAACGAAGCGUGCCAUUUCCGGAUGCAUUUCUCUUUCGCUCUCCUCGCAUCGCUCGCGCCGCAUCUCUGUAUCGAUUUCGACGCGAAAAUAGCGUCAACAGAACGCUCCUCGCGUUUAUUGCGAGAGAACAAAUUGCAAUCGCCGAUGCACUACUAAAGUGUCUAGCGUGUGUUUUCCACGCCAACGCAGGAGCAUUUGUUUUUUGUUCGGACGCAAAAACGUCUAGUUUUUCCACGCAGUUAUAAGCCGGUUAAUUGAAAACUGAAAACUUCGGUUCGAAAUUUUUUUUCCCGCCCUUUGCCGCGAAAUUAAUUUUCGUCCCCGUUGCGAUCGGAGGCCGCUUCACGCGACGCUGGAAACUUCCACGAGGUCGUUACUUGAAAAAAAAAAAUGAGAGCGACACCGCUCGAGAUGGUAGUCGCGCGAUCGGAAAAAUAUAAGUGCCAUUAAAGGAGCGCGCGCGCCGCGCUGCGACCGAUCGACUGACCGGCGGUCCGCGGUGGGGAUCUCGGCUGCCGCCGUCGUCGUCGGAAAAUCAACGUCUCUUCUUGGCAGAAACGGAGGUAGCCCGUGGGUGGCGGCGGCACGACAGACAGAAGUCGCCGAGGCUCUUCCGCUUUUUUGACAGAUGCGAGCGUCAGUGCCGCGCGACGCGUCGUAGUGCCCGUCGAGUGAGAAGAUCAAAGCAUUGUUUACGACUUGUUUACGCAGUGCUUCGCUCGUUCGCGGGCUGAAACGAUUCCGGCGAGCCACAAAGUGAGCGGGGAUUACGCAAUACCAGCACGAGUUCCCAGGUAGAGGGAUGUCCACUACACCUCUAAAUAUCAUGAAAGCAUCCAUAUGUCGCUUUGAAUACUGAGUGACCCACUGGCACUGCCACGAGGAAGGAUGGUCAAUUUAUUACUACUUUGGGCGUUGGUCGGCCUAAUUGGCCGAGUGCACGGCAAAUGCAGCUUAGAACCGAUCGCCGACAACGAGCGGUCGAUCGCCUACGCGUGCAUCCACAGCGACCUAGGUGACCUCGACGGGCUGUCCAGCGAGACCGAGUGGAUCGAGUUCUCGGUGUCGCGCUUCCAGACGAUCCCCGACGACGCGUUCCGCCGAUUCCCGAAUCUACGCCGCCUGUCUUUCUACAACUGCCACGUGAAUCUAAUCGAAUCCGCGGCGUUUCGCGGCCUGCAACGACUCGACUGGCUGAUAUUCCACGGCACGAGGAUUCACGCGGUGAGGUCCGCGUGGUUCGACCACCUGCCGAAUCUCAGACGAUUGAUUCUGGACAGAUGCGGCCUGGUGCACGUCGAGCCCAACGUUUUUCGCAUGCUACCGCGACUGGAGACCCUGGACUUGCGCGACAAUGACCUCGAUUGUCUGUCGGUGGACGAGCUGUCGCAUCUGACCGCGCUCAGGACCGUGCGCAUCGACGGCAACCCGUGGCUGUGCGAGUGCCGGCUGAGAAUGGAGAGGUUCUUUCGCGAGCGAUCGAUCAUCCAGGAGACAGAGUGCAGAUUUCGACCGAGGAUCUGCACCGUGCACCGAAAUCCGCAGUGCAUGACGCAGAUCGAAAUCCCGCUCCCGAUGAUCACCAUCGAGCCGAUACGGCGUUUCGAGGAACGUCCCGGCAACCGCUUCCAGACGAGCGCGCUGACGUCGCUGGACCGCCUGCCGGACAGGACGACGUGGAUCCAGAUCACGGGUCUGCGGAUCGACCGUUUGCCCGCGUACGCGUUCUUCCGUUUCGGCAACAGCCUGCGCAGCCUGGAUCUGCGCGAUUGCUCGAUCGGCGCGAUCGAGCCGGGCGCGUUCGCCGGUCUGCAUCAGCUGCAACGGCUCACGCUCGUCGGGAACCGGCUGCCCGCGGUCGCCGCCCAUUGGUUCGGCGAUCUCGUCGCCCUCCGCCAAUUGCUGCUCGCGCGCAACGGCAUCGAGCGCGUCGAGCCCGGCGCGCUGCGCCCGCUCGCCGGCAGCCUGCGCCAUCUGGACCUGCGCUACAAUCGACUGCGUUGCCUGCCGUUGGACGAGCUGACGCAUCUGCGGCACCUCGAGCGCCUCGACGUCGUCGGUAACCCGUGGUACUGCGAGUGCCGCAGGAAUCUGCAGCGAUACCUGACUGACCGCAACGUGGGAUACGACAUCACCGCUGGACGCUGUUACGAGGAGAGCGAGGUCAUUCCGCCCGACGGAUGGCAGCAUCCGCAAAUAACAACCAUCGGCCACGUGCACUGGACCACUUUUGAGGACACUCUGAGUGAGAGAAACAUCACCGUGAUAAGACCGAUCCCCGAGAUUCCCACGGAGAGGCCGCCGGUUCACAGGGGUACCUGCGUGCGAGACAGGACGCAAAUGUCGCGGCAGGUUUACACUUGCAGCGGCAUCACCUCGAUCGACGAGCUGGACGUCUUACCUCGCUCGGUCCACGUCAUUCGCAUCGUCCUCUCGAAUCUGAGGACGAUCCCGACGCGUGCGUUCGCCCGCUUCGACGGCUGGCUGUCCCACCUGGAACUGCGCGACUCCAACGUCGAGACGAUCGAGCAUCGCGCCUUCGCCGACCUGUACAACCUGGAUCGCCUGUCGCUGCACAGCAAUCAGCUGAAAACGGUAACGUCCGAGGCGCUGGAGGGCCUGACGAAUCUGCGGCACCUGGACCUCUCGCGCAAUCACAUCUACCGGAUUCCCAACGAGGUGUUCGACACGCUGUCGCACCUGCACAGCCUCGACGUGUCCGAGAACUACAUGAACUGUCUCGGCGUGGAACACAUGGCGCAAAAGAUGCCGCAUCUGUACUCUCUCAAGGUGUCGGAUAACCCGUGGAGCUGCCUGUGCGGCACCAAGCUGGCCAGUUUCCUGGACUCCCGCAGAAUACCGUACAAUCGCGAGGCCCUUCUCGACAACAUGAACGACGACUGUUAUGUCACCAAACUGCCGCCGGUGACACCUCGUCCCACGACGGCGGUGACCCCGUGGACCCACACCCCGUGGACCACCACGACCGAGCCACCCUCGACAGGCUUCUACAACGAGACCCUCGAGGGACACUGCGCCAGGAUCGCCGAGUCCGCGGAGCCGCGGUACCGUUGCAUCGGCGGUAAUCUACUGUUGCUGAAAAACGUACCACGCGACGCUAUCUCCAUCGAGUUCUACGAGGGUCACCUGCCCGUGCUGCCGGCCGGCUCUCUCUACAAUUUCCGACGGUUGCAGGAGCUGAUCAUCAGGAACUGCGGUCUUCGUACGAUCACGCCCGGCGCUUUCAGGGGUCUGGACUCUCUGGAACGGCUCGCCAUUCAGGGCAAUCCGCUGACGUCGAUCGAGGCCGAGUGGUUCAACAUAGAGCGUCUCGAGCGGCUGGAUCUGCGCGGUAACUCGAUCCGCUACAUCGCACCGGGCGCCUUCCACCAUCUGCGCAGGCUGGUCUACCUGAAUCUCGAGGGCAACGAUCUGCAGUGCAUCUUCACGAGCGAUUUCCAGGACAUGCCGAAUCUGCACAUCGUCGAGUUCGCCGGCAACCCGCUCAAGUGGCGCUGCCGCAUGGACCUGGAGCAGUUCCUCGAGACGCGGAAGAUCAAGUUCGUCAAGGUGGAAAACUCGUGCGAGGGCAAGAAGAUCAUGAGGAAUCUUCUCUACGAGAAUCGGACCGUCGAGCUGGAAUGUCCGCCGGGCUGCUCGACGGCGAGCAACGUCGAGCUCGGAAAGAGCUUGACGCUGGCAUUUGUAUUGUUCUUUGCGAUACGAAUUUAUUAAGUCAUUCGGACAAAAAUUCUAAGGCCAGAGAGUUAAGGUACAAAGAUCUUAUCUUAUCGACGAGCGAGAUAGUUUUGGAAGUUCGUCCAUUAUUAGGAGAAUUACACAGAUAUUUAACAACAAUAACAACACUUUGAUAAAAUAUACAGGGAGAGUGAUUUUCAUAAUCAAAGAGUUCUGAAAAGCAAAGCUACCUUCGUAGUAGGUGAGGAUAGAUUUGGUAUUGUUAAUGUUGUCAUUCAAUGUGUUCAUACCGUAAAAGCGCUUAUAAACUAAUAUAUAAAUACGUAUAUUUAUUUUUGCGAAUGCAAUAUAUAUAUAUUUAAACGUUAGACCCUCCGAAGUCCUCGUAAAUAUCGCGUACUAGAUAAUAUUGUACGUAGGAUAACGCUUCUCGAUUUCUAAGUAUUUCGUUAGAUUGUUAGUACCUGUUCGUCGCACGCGGCACAAUUACGGACGUCGUCGUUAUAUGUAUAUAUAUCAAGUACAUCGCGAUAAAAAUGCGAUCUGAAGUAUCGAUGAAAAAAAUCGCUAAAGAGACCUCAAACUUUGAUUAAUUUAAUUGGCACAAUUGCUCGAAAUACAAUUUU